CGAAUAGGACACAAAAUCGCGAGAUGCCAUCUACAAUGGACUCGAUGGUCGAUGUUUUCAAUAUUUCAGUUUUUUGGUUACAUUGAAAUUCAAUAUUUUUUUUUCAAUUUGAAAAAAUGAUUUAUCAGCCAUGUUAUGAGGAGAUAAUGUGAUACUAACGUCAAUGACCAGUUGAUUUAUGAUUUAAUUGGGUAUCAACGUGAUUGAAAUAGAGGAAGAUGUCUUCCAAAAGUGAAUUGAAGAAACUAUCGGAGGAGAGCCUGACUCGUCAGCCGGAGGAGGUCUUCGACAUAAUUUGCAAGCUGGGAGAGGGAUCCUAUGGAUCCGUUUACAAAGCACUUCACAAGGAGAGUGGACAGGUACUUGCUAUUAAACAAGUGCCUGUUGAUACUGAUCUUCAGGAAAUCAUCAAGGAAAUAUCGAUCAUGCAGCAAUGUGAUUCCCCCUACGUCGUUAAAUAUUACGGGAGUUACUUCAAAAAUACGGAUCUUUGGAUUGUUAUGGAAUACUGUGGAGCCGGUUCAGUGAGUGACAUCAUGAGAUUAAGGAAGAAAACUCUCCAGGAGGAUGAGAUAGCGACAAUUCUCUGCGAUACACUGAAGGGCCUCGAGUACCUCCAUUUGAGGCGCAAAAUUCACAGAGAUAUCAAGGCUGGAAAUAUUUUGCUCAAUAACGAGGGACAUGCUAAGUUGGCGGAUUUCGGUGUUGCUGGCCAGCUCACAGACACCAUGGCAAAACGAAACACUGUGAUUGGGACUCCCUUCUGGAUGGCCCCCGAGGUGAUCCAAGAAAUCGGCUACGAUUGCGUGGCGGAUAUCUGGUCCCUGGGAAUAACUGCUCUGGAGAUGGCGGAGGGUAAGCCACCCUAUGGUGAUAUUCACCCAAUGCGAGCGAUUUUCAUGAUUCCCACAAAGCCACCGCCGAGCUUUCGUGAGCCGGACCAAUGGAGUCCCGAGUUCAUCGACUUCGUCAGUGGUUGUCUGGUGAAAAAUCCCGAGGAGCGAGCAACAGCCACUGAUCUCCUCAACCAUGAGUUCAUCGGCGCUGCCAAGCAGCCCAACAUCCUCAGCAUGAUGAUCGCCGAGGCACACGACAUAAGGGAGAAACAAAGUGCCCAUCGUACCCACAUCAUCAACAAUGUCGCCAUCAAGGGGCAGACCAAUGCUGAUGACUCGGACGAUGACGACUGCAGUGGAACAAUGAAACCAUUACCUGAGGAUCCAGGUACUCUCGUCCCCAGUCACGAUCUGCCAGACACUGGAACACUUGUCUCUGGAAUUCUGGACCUGGGGACAAUGGUGAUCAAUAGUGACACUGACACCGAGGCCACCAUGAAGAGGCACAACACUGGGUCGGUCGAGUCUGGAAAGAAAUAUCGACCGCUGUUUCUUGAUCAUUUUGAUAAAAAGGAAGCACCUGAGAUUGUCAAGGGUAAUGGACAGAUUGUUCACACUGAGGAUGGUAACAAAGUCGAGCAGAUACCCACCACUGAGGCCCAGAGGUUUCAGAGCCAUCUCCAACUACAACUCAAUCAGAUCUCACAUCCUGUUCCUGAACAACAGCAUAACAACAUAUCCAAGUUUCAGAAUGCCUUUACUGAACGGGAUUUUGAUUUUUUGAAGUUCCUGUCCUACGAGGAACUCCAACAACGCAUGGCAAGCCUUGACGCUGAGAUGGAACGAGAGAUCGAUGAAUUGCGCAGGAGGUAUCAAACAAAGAGACAACCAAUUCUCGAUGCAAUGGAUACAAAGAGAAAACGCCAGCAGAAUUUCUAACACUGUGGUUAUUUUUUGUGAUAGAACGACAAACCGAGAGAUACAAACGGGGGUGUACAGUUGUAUGAUAUUGAAUAGGUUUUUAACUCAGUAAUGCUUUUUUCCCCUCGAAUUUCUCGGAUAACGAGGGGUUCAUGGGGUCAAAUGGACACUUCCAAGUUUCUUUGAUCUAUCAAUAGUUCCUGAAAUCUUCAAUGAAAAGAGAUAUUUGUUUUCACAGACCAACCAAGUAUUUCCCUUGGUGACAAGCCUAGAUUUCUACUCAAGAAAUUAUUCUUGAGUUUACAGCAUUUGACAAAAGCCAAAAGGGUUCACUUUACCCCCCCCCCCUCCCAUACCCUGAUCUUGUCCGAAUAUUCUUCCUCUACUUCUGGGCUUCUACUUAGUGUUUCUUCAUGGAGCCUAUUCAGGAAAUUCGAGGGGGAGAAAUAUUCCGAUACUAGCCAAUAGCCUCACAUCGCGAGUGUAAAUUAUUUUACAGGAUUAUUGAUGUUGUUAAUUGAAGUGAGGAGACAAUUUAAUUAACAAAAAAAUUCGGAAGAUUCUCUUGCUUGAAGAAAAAAUUGCUUGAAAUGAACUGAAACCAUUCACAGAGGAAUUUAUAUCAUCGUGUUGCCAAACAGGAGAAUAUUUCAAAUAACAUUACUCUCAAUUCAUGCAAGGGAACAUUUAUGUCCAACUUUUUUUAUCAAUAAAAUAAAAUAAAUCGAAAUUGCACCUUUCAAGGUAAUAAUCUGAAGUCUCCUCCAUUUCUAUUAAUAACAUGCAAAUGAACAAAAACGAAGGAGACAACAACCAUACUCAAUUCUUUUUUAUGUUCAUUAAAUGUAGUUAUUGUUGAAUACACUAUUCUUAUAGAGUUAUACAGUGAAUAUAGAAUGAGAAAAAAUGUUUAGAAGGUAAUGAGGACGAGUGGGAGUUUAACAACUGAUAGUUCAAAUUUUUUGGGCUGAUUUUUAAUGAUUUUUUUAUUACUAACAUACUAGUCUUCUUUCACGCCAUUUUUUCGUAAAUCGUUGCAUAUUAUUUGCUUCUGCCGUGUCGCAAUUCUAGGAGAUAUGACUAAAAGGGAUUCACUCGAUAUAAGUGUCGGUCGAGCUCACGAUUUCCGUUUGAUUAAGUCAAUUUUUAAAUUUUUCGAUCGAUUUCGAGUGAAUUUUCGUUUUUGCUGGGCCAGAUUCUUUUUUAUUUGCAUUACUUGAACAUAGGUGUAAUAAGAUUUUUAGUUACAUUGAAAAUUGAUCGUCUGAGCGAUUAUUUAUAUUUUUUUUAUCGGAUAUUUGAACUAUCUUUGAUAAAUUCAAUUCAUUUUUUUUUCAAAGGCACGUGUAUGAUUACAUUGGAUCGUAAUUAAUCGAUUUUUGAAAAUAUAUAUCCGUUGAUAAAGUCACUGAUUGGAAGAUGAAAUUGUGGAAAUUUAUUAAUUAACUAGGACAUAGUCUUCCCAUUAACUGCGCAUAUGCUUCAUAGUCGUCGAACAAUUUAUCGAGAGCGAUUUUUCAAGUUUAGGUGUGAUUAGGAAUGUUUUGAGAACUAUUCAGAUUUUUUUAUAUAUACUCAGGAAGAAAAGGUGGAGAGGAAGUACGUUUGAUGCAAAUCAUGUUUUGCUUGAUGGUUUCUUUCGAGAUUAUUUUCUAUUUGUGAACUGGACGCUUUGUUGAUAACAAAUAACAAAACAGCCGUCUUUUUAAGUGCUCAUUUACGUCUGGUUUGAACUUCAAUCCAUUUUAUGAUAGUUUUUAUAAUUCACAAGAUUUUUUAAUAGAAAAAAAAUUCCCGUAAAGCGGAAGGCAAAUUCAAUUCCUAAGAAAAAAAGGAGAGUAAGUUUGAGUUUCCUAAAAAGUUUUACCACUUUGCAAAACAUUUAUAAUUCGAUUCCUUUGGCUAUUCCACAUUUUCCAAUUGUAAUUAUUCAACUAUCCUAGAAAAGACAAAUAGCCAGAACUGAUCGUUAGAAUUUCUUCAACAGUAUGAGACGAGAAAUAAGUAUAAAAAUCUCGUAUAUUAUGAAGAUUUUGGCAUUAAUAUUCGAAAUUCAAGAAUAUAAACAGAAAAGUAGUCGUACAGAAUGAGUGACAACAUAUUUUUGAUAUAGAGACUAAGAAAGGAACGCAGACACAAUAGAAGAUCUGAAUUUACAAAGGAAAAAUAGUUAUAACCAAGAGGAAUGAAAUUUUGUAACCACCAGUGGAUAAACGGGACUAAUAGAAUGGACCCCAUUCUCAUGUCAGUUGAAAAUUCUUUAAAUUUAUUUAUUAAUCUCAUGUCAGGAAUCAUGUAUCUGCGCAAUUUUUGUUAUUAUACAAAAUACAUCACUUAUUUAUUUGCAAUACAAACGUAUAAAUUCAUUUUUCAUAGUUAACAUGCAUUAAUGAGCAGAUGAUUUGAAUUAAUAGCAAGAAGUAAAGAAUUAAACUUUAUUAAAAUUAUUCAAUCUCAUGAGAAAUAUCAUAAAUUUCAUUUAGUCCAUUAUUCUUGUCCUGUACCGAACGCACUACGAAUUGUAAGAUUUUGUAACUAAAAAAAUAUUAGCCAUUAAAAAACAGAGUUGGCAAUAGUCCACUGACUGAGCAACAAUUGAAGUGGAAAAAUUAACAAUUAUUCAUUCACAAUAAUAAACAAUUAAUGAAAAACCUUCGGGCUAAACCGAAUGUUAACGAAAAAUUCUAAACAAUAGACAAAUACAAGAUGUGAUUUCCCGAAGGGUUUUCACCCAAAAAAACAUUAAAUACAUUAAAAAAAUAUAUAGUGAACACUAAUCGAACAAACAAAUGCACAAUCUUUAUAAAGGGGCCUUGUCUUUAUACAAAUGAUAAUGAGUGGAUUCUUACCAACCCUGAGCGUAAAAAGCAUUUAAUUAUUGAAAUAAAAACAAUUUCUUGCGAUAUUGAA